AUGAAAACAGUGAAUAUUCCAGGGGCCGAUGAACGCGAGAAGCAAUUUUUUUGCGAGCUGAUGAGCUUCAUGCGGCCCCGGCUGCAUCGGAGCAAUCAGGCCCAGCGCCGGCUGGGUCGCCGAGCCAAGAUGCGUGCCAUCCUUCUGGCGUUCUUCUUGAUCUCUUCUCUGCAAGCCAGCCUCCUGCCGGGAGGAAAGGCCUCACCAUGGAGGGAGACUCGGAAGGGUUCUUGCGUACAAUGCUGUGACUCCACAGGGCAGCCAGCCUCAACCACUUCUUCCCGAUACAUCCGGAUGACCAGCGACUCUGCCUAUUCGCUGCCCAAAGUCCGGCCCACGAUCGACAUCACGAUCUUGAAAGGUGAAAAAGGUGAAACGGGGUCCACGGGGCUAUCAGGGCCCGAGGGCAAAGCUGGACAGCCGGGCCUGCGGGGUUUAAACGGCUGGAAAGGGCAGAAGGGUCAGCUCGGCCCGCCGGGCCACUCCUGCAAGCAAUACUACGUGGCCUUUUCGGUGGGCCGCCGCAAGCCCCUCCACAGCUCCGACUACUACCAGCACGUCACCUUCGACACUGAGUUCGUCAACCUCUACAAGCACUUCAACAUGUUCACAGGGAAGUUCUUCUGCUACGUGGCCGGGGUCUACUUCUUCAGCCUCAACGUCCACACCUGGAACUAUAAGGAGACGUACCUCCACAUCAUGAGGAACGACACCCAGGCCGCCAUCUUGUACUCGCAGCCCAGCGAACGGAGCAUCAUGCAGAGCCAGAGCCUUAUGCUGGACCUCCGGGAAGGGGACGAGGUGUGGGUGCGCAUGUUCAAGAGGGAGAGGGAGAACGCCAUCUACAGCGAAGAAUCGGACAUCUACAUCAUCUUCAACGGGCAUUUAAUUAAGCCGGCCGUAGAAUGA